AUAACAGUAUUUAUACUGUAGCUGACUUGCAGUUGUCCUUAUAAAGGCUUCAUUUUCUUUGCGCUUUCAGAAAAGCUGCAACUCAGCUGAAUUUCUUGGGUUUCAUUGAGGAACAGGGUCACAGAUGGCUGCAUCAGAAAACAGUGUGAAGAGAAGGAGGGCACUAGCAGUUAUAGUCUUCCUGUCGUUUUGGGCCUUGCACCCUGGGCAGAGAGUGGUGAAAAUGCAGCAGGGCCCCUUGGUCCGGACACAGGGCUCCCACAUCACCCUGGCCUGCAACGUCAGCGGAUACAAAGGCCGCCCCAGGCAAGACUUCCAGUGGUCCAUUUACCCCCUGGCCCUCCCGGCUGUGGAGAUCCACAUCGUCAGCACGGCCGACCCGCACAGCACCUACGCGCUCUACCGCAGCCGUGUGAAAAACGGGGACGUUUACCUCGAGAGGACCGGCCCGGACUCUGUGCUCCUGCACAUCGGCUCCCUGCAGCUCCAGGACCAGGGGGUGUACGAGUGCUUCACUCCCAGCACCGACCCGGAGUACCACGGCACGUACAGCGACAAGAUCAAUCUCACAGUGAUUCCAAACACUCUGCAGGUGGGAAUGCGAGCCGGGCCCGUACGCAGGGCCCCGGGGGACUCUGGGAGGCUGUCCUGUGAGGUGUCCCAGCAGGCCCUUCACCACACCCACCUGUCCGUCAGCUGGUUCCUGGAGAGGGGAGGGCAGGCUCUCGAGAUAGCGACGCUCUCCAGGAACUUCGUCCUGCAGGCCAGGCAGCCCUUCCUCCGCAGGCUGCACCAGGGGCACCUGCGCGUGGACAAAAGCAGCCCCACCACGUAUCAGCUGACCCUGUCUCCUCUUCACCACUCGGAUCAGGGGCAGGUUUACUGCCAGGCCACGGAGUGGAUCCAGGACCCAGACAAGUCCUGGUACCCCCUGACCACUAGGAGGACAGGAGGAACGAAGCUCUACGUGGAAAACACAUUUCCGGCUAUACCAGUUCCUCUAGAGAGCACCAACAGAUCAUGGGAAAACAGCGAAGCAAAUGAGCUGCAGUCAGCACACAGUGUCGUUCUUCAGGCUAGUAGAGUGUGCUCCCGCGGAGCGUCGUUAUCGAGCUUAUCAAGCUGGUUUCUGUCCUCUCUAAUCAUCUUGUCCUUUCUGAUGUGAAGCAGAGGCAGGCUUGGGGAGCAGAAUGUGUUCCCAACUUCAACAGUGUGUUUGUUAAUAGGAAGAAAUAUAUAUUUUUUACCACGGAGAACGGUGUUAGGACACCUGCAUGUGACAAGGUUACUGAAGCACUGAAGUGGUUACUGAAGUAACAUUGAUAAUGAUCACAUUAGUUCAUGAAAAUGUGUUUUAUGAAUGCAGUUCAUAAUUCCCAGCUUUGUCAUUUUGUUAUUCUUUUUUUUUGCCUUGCUAUUUUUUACCAUUGAUGUAAUAAUGUCAUUAACACUUGUAGAAUUGUACACUCA